GCGGCGCGGCCGUGGAGCACCCAGGAGCCGGCUGUCGCGGGGGUGGUGGGGACGCGAGCGGCGGGCUGCGUGGGGUGCAGGGCAGGCGGCCGCACCGCUUCACCUUCCUCACGGAGCCCGGAGCCGACUUAGAGCGAUUACAGUGAGGCGACAGCCCCGGCGUACACCCGAGAAGAAGCGGCCGUGGCGGCGGUGGCGGGGCCCCAGCCAUGCUGUGCUAUGUGACGAGGCCGGACGCAGUGCUGAUGGAGGUGGAGGUGGAGGCAAAAGCCAACGGCGAGGACUGUCUCAACCAGGUGUGUCGGCGAUUGGGGAUCAUAGAAGUUGAUUAUUUUGGACUGCAGUUCACCGGCAGCAAAGGUGAAAGCUUAUGGCUGAAUCUGAGAAACCGGAUCUCCCAGCAGAUGGACGGACUGGCACCUUACCGGCUCAAACUGAGAGUCAAGUUCUUUGUGGAGCCCCAUCUCAUCUUACAGGAGCAGACAAGGCAUAUCUUUUUCUUGCACAUUAAAGAAUCCCUCUUGGCAGGCCACCUCCAGUGCUCCCCAGAGCAGGCAGUGGAGCUUAGCGCCCUCCUGGCCCAGACCAAAUUCGGAGACUACAACCAGAACACAGCCAAGUACAACUAUGAGGACCUGUGUGAGAAGGAACUCUCCAGCGCGACCCUGAACAGCAUUGUUGCGAAGCAUAAGGAGCUGGAGGGCAUCAGCCAGGCUUCUGCAGAGUACCAGGUUCUGCAGGUCGUGUCAGCCAUGGAGAAUUACGGCGUAGAGUGGCAUGCUGUGAGAGACAGCGAAGGACAGAAACUCCUCAUUGGGGUUGGACCGGAAGGCAUCUCCAUUUGUAAAGAUGACUUUAGUCCGAUGAACAGGAUAGCUUAUCCUGUGGUGCAGAUGGCCACCCAGUCAGGAAAGAAUGUCUACUUGACCGUCACCAAGGAGUCUGGGAACAGCAUCGUGCUCCUGUUUAAAAUGAUCAGCACCAGGGCAGCCAGUGGGCUCUACCGAGCCAUCACCGAAACGCACGCGUUCUUCAGGUGUGACACCGUCACCAGUGCCGUCAUGAUGCAGUACAGUCGUGACUUGAAGGGCCACUUGGCAUCUCUCUUUCUCAAUGAGAACAUUAACCUUGGCAAGAAGUAUGUCUUUGAUAUCAAAAGAACAUCCAAGGAGGUAUACGACCACGCCAGGAGGGCUCUGUACAACGCCGGUGUUGUGGACCUUGUCUCACGAAGUGACCAGAGCCCCCCCAGCUCGCCUCUGAAGUCCUCUGACAGCAGCAUGAGCUGCAGCAGCUGUGAGGGCCUCAGCUGCCAGCAGACCAGAGUGCUCCAGGAGAAGCUGCGCAAGCUGAAGGAGGCCAUGCUGUGCAUGGUGUGCUGCGAGGAGGAGAUCAACUCCACCUUCUGCCCCUGUGGCCACACUGUGUGCUGCGAGAGCUGUGCAGCCCAGCUGCAGUCAUGUCCAGUCUGCAGAUCACGUGUGGAGCAUGUCCAACAUGUCUACCUGCCAACCCAUACCAGUCUCCUCAAUCUAACAGUCAUCUAAUGAGUCCUGCGCUUACUGGACAGGCCAUGUCCCCACAAGUCAAUCUGCCAUCUAAUGAGUCCUGUGCUUACUGGACAGGCCAUGUCCCCCCGAGUCAAUCCAACUGUCAUCUAAUGAGUCCUGCGCUUACUGGACAGGCCAUGUCCCCACGAGUCAAUCUAACUGUCAUCUAAUGAGUCCUGCGCUUACUGGACAGGCCAUGUCCCCACAAGUCAAUCUGCCAUCUAAUGAGUCCUGCGCCUACUGGACAGGCCAGGUCCCCAUGAGCUGCAGUAUUGUAAACUGUAAGAAUAAGAACCUUGUGAGGAACUAUCUCACUCUCGACACCCAUCUGCCAUGAGACAUUUUCAGACACAAAGAGGAAAAGAGAAGCAAGAAUGCAGCCGUUCCUCUUCCGUGAGUAGAAGCAACAGCCCCAGUGGCGACCAGGAAGAGCUCUGGGACAGACACAUUCCUUCUUGGACUUUGGGUUUUUUUAAUGAUCAAGUAAAGGAGUAGAUAAUAGUCUUUGUCAGUUAAGUGGUACCAUAGCCCAACAGUGGGUACCUUUUAGGAAAUGAUGUCAUACGUCUCCUUAACUUCUCCCAAGGCAGCAGAUUUUAUAAGAGUUUUAAAAUUUCCUUGGUUCUUUUUCUAUGGUCAUGGAGCGCUGAACAUUUUUAAUAGGAAUUUUUUCCUUAAAGAAAUAGUCCUUGUUAUAAUGUCAUUUCUGUCUUUAUAACUCAUUCAAGAAUGACUGGAAAGCUAGCAGAUUGAAAAGCAGUCCUGUGACUUCUCAAGGGUUAACAUGUUGUCAGAUUGAAACCAGUGUGUCUGAGAGGAAACAGGUAACUCAACGUGGGUGACUUCUUAGCCCUUCUUUUCCCACACCCUGCACCCCAUGCCUUUCGGUGAUAAAAUGUUACCAGUUUGGUUAAAUGACUUCCAUGGCAUAGUCAAACACUCCCUGGGCUUUUGAGCUGUUGGAACAUUUGGAGAUUGGAAAGGAAAGUUCACAGACAGACAGACAGACAGACAGGGCAAGAGUGUCAGAGAGGCUCCUGGUGUGCUCAGGUGGUUCUGCACGUCCCCUAAGCACUCACUCCAGCUGCACCCAUGGGUGUUGCCUUGCCUGAAGAUCAAACCUUCUACAGCCUUAUCAUAGGUCUCUAGAUAGUGUCUCCUUUGUGUGUGCGUUUGAUUUCGCUUUGUUCAUGUUUUCUUGUCAGUGCUUCCGUAGUCAUUGCAUUGCCCCUGCCCUGCAUCUUUCAGAGGUGGGGUUAGUUUGUUCGGUUCCCAUAGUCUUAAUCAUAUUUCCACCCCCACUUGGGCAUUUUGGAAGCUAGUGAGCUGGGGGGUUUUCUAGGGUGUCAGGAAACCUAGCUGACCUCAUCGGGUGCAAUACUAGCUAAGUGAAAGCUAGAAACCUACACCGUCACUUUACUGAGAUUUCCGAGUCUACGUUUCAUAUUGCCUUAAUGUAGCAGUAAUGUGUUUAUGCAUUUGUUUCUUUGCACAGACAUUUUGUCAGAUAUUAAAACUCUACUUUUUUAUGGCACAUAUUAGCAUAUAAGCCUUUAUUCCAAGAGGUUAUUUAUUUUUUCACUUGUAAAAAAAAAUAAUGUUUCCACAUUAAAAAAAAAAAAAACUCUGUUAUAUCCUAGAGGACUUCUGUCUUUUAUAUUCAGGAUAAUAAAGACUUGAAAGCGAA